UUAUUUCCAUACUUGAACAUAAAUGCAUUAUUGGGAAUCAAACAUGAUGUGCCCAAAGAGAGCGGUUUUGUUGAAUUCAUCAACUAGUAGAUUAAUGCACAAUCUACGCUUCACUGCACUUCUCAUACUCUCAGCUUUCUCUGCCAUUGCCGCCUCUCAAUCGCUCGUUGAAUAUCUUCCGGGAUUUUCCGGCAAGCUACCCUUCACACUUGAAACCGGAUACAUUGGAGUUGGGGAAGUCGAUGAGGUGCAGCUAUUCUACUAUUUCAUCGAGUCGGAGAGGAGUCCGGUUGAAGAUCCUCUUGUUCUCUGGCUCACUGGAGGCCCUGGUUGUUCUGGCUUCUCUGCACUUGCUUUUGAAAUCGGUCCAUUAACUUUCGAUUAUGCAAAUUACAAUGGGACUUUACCAACUGUCCUAGAGAGCAAAUACUCAUGGACCAAGGUGGCCAACAUUAUAUUUAUUGAUGCACCAGCUGGAGCUGGAUUUUCAUAUUCAACAACCUCCUCUGGUUAUUACACCUCGGACACAAAAUCAGCAGCACACACCUACACAUUUUUGAGGAAGUGGUUACUUAAGCACCCAAAUUUUCUUGGAAAUCAACUCUACAUUGGUGGUGAUUCAUAUUCUGGCAUUAUUGUUCCUCUUCUCGUUCAAAAUAUACUAGAAGGUUUGGAAGCAGGGCUGAGGCCAGAAAUGGAACUUCAAGGAUACUUGCUCGGAAACCCAGUGACCGAUUCUUUUACUGAUGUGAACUUUAGGAUUCCAUAUGUGCACAGGGUGAACCUCAUAUCAGAUGAACUCUAUAAGGAUGCCAAAUUAUACUGUUCCGAGGAUUAUGUAAAUGUAGAUAGUAACAACACACUUUGUGUUACCGCUCUUCAAGCAAUUAAGGAGUGUCUUCUACAAAUAAACCUGUGUCAAAUUCUGGAACCUCAAUGUGCUUUUUCAUCUGGAAAACCAAAGGAGCUAGAGUGGGAUUUGAGAGCUCAGGAAGACAGAACCAUGAAUUACCUUCUCUCUCAAUCUACACUUCCUGAACUGCAGUGUCGGGGCUUUACGUACGUGCUGGCUUAUAAGUGGUUGAAUGAUGAAAGGGUCCAAGAAGCUCUUCAUGUUCGAAAUGGAACCGUCGAAUCAUGGAAAAGGUGCCCCAGAAAUUUUUCGACUUACACAGAAGAUGUCAAAAGUACAGUUGCAUAUCAGAAGAAUCUCACAGAAACGGGUCUCCGAGCUCUGAUAUACAGUGGCGAUCAUGACAUUUCUGUUCCUUAUAUUGCUACACUUGCGUGGAUAAAAUCUCUUGGGGUGCCUGUUUUUGAUGAAUGGCGUCCAUGGUUCGUCGAGGGUCAAAUUGCAGGAUACCAAGUAAAGUUCAUGAAUGAUCACUACAGGUUGACAUAUGUGACUCUAAAGGGUGCAGGUCACACUGCUCCAGAAUACAAGCACAAGGAAAGCCUUGCCAUGGUCGAUAGGUUCUUUGCUCGUUACCCAAUCUAAUUGAUUGUGAAAGGCGGAAAGACAUUUGGGAGAUCCCUAUUCUAGACUGGAGAAAUAUUUCGAAUAAUCGAAGUGAAUAACAUAGUUUAGUGUUAAAUUAUUUUGUUCUAGGAUCAAGCUUGCUUUGAAAGGCCUAGGAAAUUGCUUGCUUAUUUGUAUCAUGUGGGUGGAGAACCAAGGUGUCCGGAUGGCCGUAAAGCUAGAAAAGCCGCCAUUGUAUGCAAUCUACGUUGGCUUUUUUUGUGACUGCCAAUAUAGUUUCCGCCGUAAUAAACUGAUUUUGUUGUAGUGAUAUUUCACUUCCAACUUAUAAAUGUUUUCUGUUCGUAUU